AAAGCAAUAUCUGUCACCUCGUAUAUAAACUACUUUCAGAAUUAUGGUGGCAACAUUCGCUUCGCUGCUACCGGCAGUAAUGGAUUAUCUCGGCACCAGUUUUAAGACGUUUAGACUAUUGUUAUGGUUCUCGUGGUUUUUCCUUAUUGCGGCACAGAAAGACAAUGUGGCGGAGAGCAGUCUCAAGUUAAGUAACAGAAACGAUGAAAACGUAUACACUUUCCGCUACGAUUUAUUUGAUGGAAGUAAUUCAAAUAACAGAGCUCCAGAUUACAUAAAAGAGCCAUAUCAUGAGAUAUUUGCAUUCAAAGGAUCAGAUGGCGAAGUGCAAAGGAUUCAUUAUGCUGUAGAUGCUCGAGGUGUACGCGCUAAUAUACAUUCUAAUGCUGUAUACCCUUUCCAGAAAUCACCAAAUGGGCCAAUACUUUAUAAUCCUACAUCUUACGAAUGGACAGAAAAAUUCAACACGCCAAAACAGUCGUCUUCCCAGAAUAUUCAACAAACGCCAGUUGUCGGAAAAGUAGAAACAAAUUCCGUCAUAGGUAAUGAUAAAAACAUUGAACAUUCAAAGAAUAUACCAAACCGUCUUGUACUUGGCUCUGUUCAAUCACAAGGAUCUGUUAAGACACCUUCACUGAAUAUUAUUGCACCUGAGCUGCAGCAAAAAGCGGUGAAAUUCAUACCUGAUCAGUUCCAUCGAGAACUGAAGUCUCUUCUUUCUGCGCUUUCUUUCAAGGGUGAAUUUGGAAAUAGUUUAAAUCAGGAACCAGGUAUCUUAAACGCCAAAGAAACUACUGCUUCAGAAAAAAGCCAGAAACAAAAGGAUAUUGCAAAUAAUGGCACUCAGCCUCAACGUACGGCAACAGUACUUGAUUCUGAUGUAAAAUCAAUCUUCAAUUCAUCAUCUACAAUGAAUGUUCAGGAACUUCUUGAUUUAUUGCAAACGAACCUUUCAGAACAAAUGGAACCCAUUCAUGAAAAUCAGGGAUCCCUUGUAAAGCCCAAACCUUACAUAGAAAGAAUAAGGCCAACGGUAUUGAUUCCAAAUUUUAAUGAAGCAGAAUUCGGUACAUCGGAACAAGAUGUCAGUGAUCCAAAAUUAAUUUUAAAACCAGAAAUGAAGAAAGAAGAAAAUACAUUUCCUUUAAACUAUACUGAGUUUAAUUCUCAUUCCUUAUUAAAGUCCCCAAUGUCAACAAUAUUUGACACUUCUUCGGAAAACGGUCAAUAUUAUCAUUACGUUAUGAAUUUAGGAAAAAACAUCGAUAAAGACUCUUUGAAAAGAUCUAAAUUUUAUUCCACUGGAAAUGGACUUUUUAAAAUUUUGAACGAAACAGGUUUUGCCUUAUUAAUUGAUCAAGCAAAAGCAUUCAAAGGACAUAAAACUGACACUUUGCCACCUUGGUCUUUCACAACUACAAACGUGCCACGUAUUUUUAAAACUGACACACCACAGAAUAACGAGGUGGGUACAAUUCAGUCGAAUAUGAACUCUUUAAAUUCCGAAACAGUUACAGAACAGUAUAUAUCCACUACUGAAAAUUUUAUUGAGAAAAUCUUCCAGAAGGAAGAAAUAAAUAAUUUAACCGAAGAAGCAAUAUCAGAAAUAAUUAAUGUCACUGAUUCUGAGGCACUAAAACCUGCUUUACUGGAAAUCUAUUCUGAUGUUUUAUUAAAUACUACUUAUUCUCCGUUAAAUAAAGAAAAGAAAGCAACCACAGUAUCUUUCGGUCAAGAUGAAAACUUGCAAAGUAAUGAAAAUGCUGCUGAGGUGAUAAAUAACUCAUCACUAGAUUCAAGAACAGAAAUUAAUCCUUUAUUUCUAACUAUGCCAGAAACUGAGAUGAGAACUGUUUUUGUGCCUCUAAGUAUGUUAUUAAUUCCAUUCUCUAUGUCUAAUCCAAGCAAGCAGUUCCAGUUGCCUAACACAUAUGUUGAAAAAGCAAAUGAGAAUGAAGAACAUGAGCUAACCACAACUACCGCUCCUACUGUUACUGUAACUGAAUCUCUGACAACAUUGAUGGGAGUUAAUGAAAGUAGUACACAUCAAGACACAGUAUUCAUUACCACAACUACGCAAAAUACUGUCCCGAAUGAAACUACAUUUGAUAAAACUGGCAAUGAAACCCAUGCCCAAACCAGAGUUCAAAAUCUGGAAGACAGAACGAAUAUUUUCUCAACAACGACAGAGAUUUCUAUUGAAUCAACAGCUGAUACUCUUUUGUCCACUAUGAUGAAUCCAAAUCUGGAAAAGAGUGUAACUGAAUCUUUUAUUAACAUCUCUGAAACAAAAACGCCUCAUAACAACACAGUGGAGACAUCAACAAAUCAUCACAAAGAUGAAUUUAUUGAAAAUGUUUCUAACAGAGGUGUCUUCUUAAAUAAUUCGAUCUCUUCAGAAACAACAACAAAUGCAUAUACUACCGAAGAUACUGUAACGACAGUCGAACAGAUUUCGCUAAAUCUGAGUAAGUACACUGACACUAACAAAACUCUGCAAUUAAAAGAAAUACCUAUUAUGGGAAACAUAUACACACCCCACCAAAAACAUGAAGGCAAUAAUACAAGAAACAAUAAUAGUGAAGCUGUAGGUUUUUCUCAGAUUGAAAGACGAACAGAUGAAUCAAGUGUCAUUCCUCAACAUGUGCCCUAUUUAUCUCCAGACAACCCAGCCUCUCAAAAUAAACGAGAGAAAUCUAGAAAUACAUCUCCUCAGAUUACUAAAACUGAAAACGGAUUUUAUUCACAGGCUCAAUACCUUUUCAGUGAGCCAACUGCAACGAAUCAUGUUAAAACUGCCACACAAAUUCUGUCAUCUCCAAAUGUUAGACAAGUAAAUUUGCCUGCACACGAAACGGAUAGAUUUGAUCACCGAGUUCCUCCUGGGUACUUUCCAUCUUACGAAAACGUUCCUUACAUCAGACCAGAAGCCGUUCAGUGGGAAAGAUCUUCGAAUCCUAAACAAGUAAUAUUUGUAGAUUUGUUUGGGGAUUCACUGCCAAAUCAAGAUUCUAGAAACGAACCUGAAUCAUUUUCAACACUUUCUAAUUUGCUUAGAAAGAGUGAUUUUCUGCACCAAGGAAAUAAAAUUAUUGGAAAUACAAAAAUUUCGAAAGAAAUUCAGUAUUCUCCCACUGAUAUAGACUUUUAUAAGAAGUUAGAUGUUCAUGAUGCGUCUGAAUUGGUUUAUUCAAAGGAACUGUCCUAUGUUGACCAAAAUAUAGAUGGCCAAAAUGGAUAUCUUUCUUCUUCGCCAAUAUUCGAAAUAGCACCUGACACACCAAUAUAUGCAGUUUCAAAAGCAGAAGAAGAGACAGAGUCAUUACCUUUCAUUUAUGAACCUGAGCAAUUUGGAAUAUCAAAAGGAAGCCAAAUACCUGAGGAAUACAAAAGCUUAAGGAACAAUUUUAUCAGCAAUAUACCUGGCUACGUAGAGCAGGCUGUUUCAGAUGGCAUAAUAAAAUCAAAACACUUAGGUAAUCUAACUUCAGGAUCCGAAAAGUUUUUAAAAAAUGAUGAGGAAUAUGAUUUGGAUCCAGUCAUAGAAAUUUUGGAUAUCAUCCCAUUUGAAGAUUUGCAACGUAUACCCCGUACAGAAGAAAAUCACGCAAAUGUUGCAGAUAACAUGGCCCAAGAUUCAUACAUUUUGAUUCAAGACUAUGAAGGUUUACCAGAUUUAUUUAAUGACCAACAAGGCCUAUCAGGUUUAGCUAAUGACCAACAAGGCCUACCAGGUUUACAUAAUGACCAACAAGGCCUUUAUUUUACAGAAAGUGGUAGACAGGAAAAAGAAACUCCUUUAACAAAGAUUCAAACAGAUGUAACAGAUUUUAACAAGAAUUCAAAUAUUCCAGUUAACAAUGAUGUACCGGAAUAUGGAAGUCGUUUGUUUGGGAAUACUCUUGUACAAACGAAUCCUGGGUUCCUAGUGUCGCAAGAAAAGCUUAACAUUGGGUCAAAUAUUCAGACUGAAGAAGGUUCUAGUCUUAGUAGAGCUCCGUGGCUUCCAAAUCGUUAACAGUGUAUAUUUCUAUGUACCUUGUUGAAUAAUACAUUUAUAAAAUAUUUUGUAAUUUUAUGUAUUUUACAUAUAUUUGAUUUUGUAAUGACUAACAUUUUGUACUUGUGUAAAAUCGUAUUAAACGUAUUAAAGUUUGUAAGUAGUGUUUUUCUUUUAUUUCAGAAAUAUAACUCUGGUAAAAAUUUCCUUUAGUUUAACAGAAAUA